AUGCGUGCGCUGCCGGACCUAAACUGGCCAGACAUCGUGCGGUUCCACGCCAGAACGGUCGCGACUCAGCAGCUGAGGGGCGGCAACACCAACAACUUCCUCGCGGACGACUUAAACGCCUUCGUCGGCGUCGACAACGCGCAGUUCGUCUUCCACCCGCUUCACGCGGUCGCGGCCUACGGCCACGGCCGGCCGACGAGCCUCCUGUCCGCGCUCGUCUCUCCCACUGCUUCUGCCGCGGAAUCGUCUCGGGAGUUCGCUGAUCGAGCGGCGGCUGCUCUUGCCGCUGAAUCGUCUCGCGCAACGGACGACCACCCCGCAGCAGACGCGCUGGCAGCAAGGGAAUCUACAGCCCCAGCGGCGGGGGAAGCGGUGCCCGACGGCACGCCGACGAUGCCGACGACGAACGCGGGCUUCCACUGCGACGCCCGAGACGAGCACUUGAGGACCGCCCUCCACUGGGCGAGCACUACGGGGCAGGCGGACUGGAUCUCCGCCCUCAUCCGCGCGGGCGCCGACCCGGACGCGAUCGACGUCGACCGGCGCCCGCCCCUCCAGUACGCCGUCGAGACGGCGCAGGUCUCGGCCGUCCGAAGCCUGCUGGCGGGAGGGGCCGACAAAAACUUCCGGCUCGGCGGGAACACCGGCGGCGGCGCGGGCUACGGCGGCGGAGGCGGCACCCCGCUCAUCCUCGCGGCCAGGGAGGGGAACGCCGAGAUCGCGAGUCUGCUCUGCGACGCAGGGGCGGCCCUGGAGGAGAGGGACGGGAUCAACUUCACCGCGCUCAUGACGGCGGUGGCGCACCGGCAUCUGGGGGUCACGGAGGUGUUGCUAGCGUUCGGGGCUGAUGCCGACACGGAGAAUUCCCCGAAAAUGACACCUCUGAUGGGGUCUGUCGCAACUAGCGACGUGCCCCUCACGAGGGCCUUGCUGCGGUCUGGAGCCCCCCCCGGGCAGGGCGGAAACGGCGAACUCACGCCUCUGCACCUCGCGGCAGGCAAGGGCAGCGUAGACCUUGUCGAGGACCUCCUCCGCGCCGGCGCCGACCCCUCCGCCCGCAUCGCCUACCCGCCCCCAAGGUCCACCCCGUUGCACAGCGCCUGCCGCUCCACCCGCCUUGGCGCCGUCAAGGCGCUCCUCCUUGCCGGGGCCGACGAGACCAUGGGGGACAUGACACCGCCGCCGGCCCAGCUGCCGGCCGUCCCGAACGCACCGCCGCCGCCUUCGACGACGCCCGUUGGCGUGGUGGGACUUGGAAACUGCGGGCGUGACGAGGACCCGACGCUGAGGCUGACGACGGAAUCGGCUGCGGAGCACGCGAGGCGGCGGGACCCGCAGACGAUGGAGGCCAUUCGAAUGGCGCUGAGGAAUGCGCCCGCAGAUCGCGCAUGGCGCCGAAGAUCCUGGCUGGUGAUGCUCCGGGUAUCAGCGGAGGCGGAGGCGGCGGCGAAGGCGACCCGCAAGAAGUGGGAGCUGUCGUCGAUGGCCGGCAGCGUGGUCGACUUGAUCGGGAACAGGCUCGUUUUGGGGGAGGCAGGCAGGGAGCAGGGGGCCAAAGACGCCGUCGAUAAGGAGGAGAGAGUAACGGGUGGCGGCGGCGGCGGCGUGGAGAACGGCGCGGGGAACGGCACGGCGGAGGACGCCGCCGCUGCCGCCGACGCCGACCAUAGCAAGCGAGCGAAGCGGGGCGGGGGCGGCGGCGACGGGGACAAGGCGGCGGGCGGCGGCAAGAGGGAGGGGGACGAGGCUCCGAGUGGCGUUGCAGCAGAGGAGGCGUGUGCCCGGGAGGGGUCCGCGAAAGAAGCGCCACCCGCCGCGCAUCGUGAGGGCGCCCAUCUCGAUGCCGAUGGCGGAAAUAAUGGCUCUCAUGGGGGGGUGACGGCGGUGGUGGCGAGGGAGCAAGGCGAGGCGCAGGGGGAGGCGGGAGAAGGCGCCGGCGGCGAUGAUGUUGGCGAUGGGGAUGGCGCGAGAGUGCUGCGGUGGCUGUGCGGGAGACUGUUCGAUCUCGCGGCGGUGGAGGAAGGGGCGUUCCGAAACGUGGUGUUGUUCCUGUAG